AGAAUCACUCAAAAAACAUUGUAUGGAAUGCAUUGUGUGAUCAUGAAUUCUAUAUUUAGCCUUUUCUGUCUUGCCUUGUUGACGUUUCCUAUAGUAAUUUGCAAGGCAUCGAGAGAUGUAGUGUGCAUCCCAAGUGAGAGUGAAACACUUGUGAAGUUGAAAGAUCAUCUCAUUGAUCAUUCGAAUAGGCUCUCUUCUUGGAAUGCAACUGCUAAUACCAAUUGCUGUGAGUGGUUAGGAGUUGUGUGCAGUAAUAUAACUGCCCAUGUUGUUGAGCUUCACCUCAGUAUUACACCUCCUUCUGACGAGUACGACGAUGUCGCAUAUGAUGCUUUUGUGAAAUCGAGUUUUGGUGGAGAGAUAAAUCCAUGUUUGGUUGAUUUGAAGCAUUUGAAUUACUUGGACUUAAGCGGCAAUGACUUUGGAGGUAUGCAAAUUCCUACUUUCAUUGGGGCAAUCACCUCCUUAACUUACCUCAACCUCUCAAAUGCCGGAUUCAGUGGUAAGAUUCCUCCUCAAUUUGGGAACCUCACAAAUUUGGUACAUCUUGGCCUUGCAAGUUAUUAUGACAAGGGAGCUAUGUUUGCUGAAAAUCUUGAUUGGCUAUCGGGUCUUUCCAAUCUUCAGUAUGUUGAUUUGAGAGCUGCAGACCUGUCCAAAUCAUUUGAUUGGCUACAAACUCUGAGUGCUCUUCCUUCUUUGACGGACCUACACUUGUCAUAUUGUAUUGUCCAUCCUUAUAAUCAACCAUCCUUACUCAACUUUUCAUCUCUUCUCACUCUCGACCUUUCCUUUACUCAUUUUUCUUCUGUUGUCCCAAAGUGGAUAUUUGGACUGAGGAGACUUGUUUCUCUUCAAUUAAGUGGUAAUCAGUUCGAAGGUCCAAUUCCUGAUGGCCUUCAAAACCUCACACUUCUUGAAAAUCUUGACUUGUAUUACAAUUCAUUCUCAUCUUUACCAGAUUGGAUAUAUAGUUUUCGUCAUCUCAAGUUCUUGGACCUUUCAUACAACAACUUGUGUGGAAAUAUUUCUGAUGCCCUGGGAAAUUUGACUUCUCUGGUUGCACUUUAUUUCUCUGCAAAUCAGAUUGAAGGAAGAAUUCCAACUUCUUUGGGUAAUCUCUGCAACAUAAGGGAAGUUGGUUUCUCACGUCUCAAACUCAACCAACGAGUUAGUGAAAUCUUGGAAAUUCUGGCUCCUUGUAUUUCCCAUGGACUCACAAGUCUUCAAGUUGGGAGCUCUCAUCUGUCAGGCAAUCUCACAGAUCAAAUUGGGAUGUUCAAAAAUAUUGAGAUGUUGCACUUGUACAACAACUCAAUUGAUGGUGCACUCCCUCCAUCAUUUAGAAAACUCUCGUCAUUAAGGGUUCUUGAUCUGUCCAACAAUCUAUUCAAUGGAAAUCCAUUUGAAAGUCUUGGAUCGAUCUCUAAAUUGUCAUAUCUUUCUAUUGGCGACAAUCGUUUUCAAGGAGUUGUGAAGGAAGAUGAUCUUGCAAAUCUUACGAACUUAAAGAGAUUUUAUGCGAGAGGGAACAACUUCUCUUUAGAAGUGACUCCUAAUUGGAGUCCUAGAUUUCAAGUUACUAGAUUGACACUGAGCUCAUGGAACUUGGGUCCCAAAUUUCCAUCGUGGAUUCAGUCACAAAAAUAUCUUAAUGCUCUGAGAAUCUCUAACACAGGGAUUUCAGAUUCUAUUCCCACUUGGUUUUGGGAAACAUUUUCUCAGGCGUCUGAUAUGGACCUCUCUCAUAAUAGCAUCCAUGGUGAGCUUCCAAAUACAUUGGAUCUAAGCUCAAAUCGCUCACGUGGCCAACUGCCUCAACUUUUUGAUAAAAUGAUUCGCUUAGACCUAUCACACAACUUGUUCUCCGGAUCCAUGACUGAAUUCCUUUGCAAAAAUCAUGACAAGCCAAAGAAAUUAGAGUUUCUCAACCUUGCAUCAAAUAAUUUAUCAAGGGAAAUUCCUGAUUGUUGGCUAAUGUGGCCAUAUCUUGUGGAUGUAAAUUUACAAAGCAACCAUUUUACUGGGAAUUUACCCUCGUCUGUGGGCUCUUUAUCGUUGCUUCAGUCUUUGCAAUUCCGCAACAACACACUUUCUGGAAAUUUUCCCCCGAUUUUGAAGAACACUAGUGAGUUAAUAUCCUUGGACCUUGGCGAAAAUAAUUUUUCAGGAAAUAUUCCAUCAUGGAUCGGCGAAAGACUCAUAAAUUUGAAAUUUCUUCGUCUUCGAUCAAACAAAUUUUUUAGUCACAUUCCCAGUCAAAUAUGUGCUUUGAAAUCUCUUCAGGUUUUGGACCUUGCAAACAAUAGUUUCUCGGGCAAUAUCCCAAAUUGUUUCAACCACUUGAAUGCCAUGAUGUUGCCAAACAGAAGUACUGAUCCAUUUAUCCUUAGUUCAUCAGUAAACAGUUCUGAAUCUGGUGUUGUAAGCAUGCAUCUGUGGCUGAAAGGAAGGGGAGAUGAGUAUCAAAAUAUUCUUGGUUUGAUAACAAGCAUUGAUCUCUCAGAUAACAAAUUAAUAGGAGAAAUGCCUAGAGAAAUCACAAAUCUAGAUGGAUUGAAUUUUUUGAACUUGUCUCACAAUCAAUUAACUGGUCAUAUUCCACAAAGCAUUGGCUCAUUGCAAUCCCUGGAUUUUUCAAGGAAUCAACUUUCUGGUGAAAUCCCCACAACCAUAUCAAAUUUGAGCUUUAUUAGCUUGCUGAACUUGUCUUAUAAUCAUUUGAAGGGAAAAAUACCCACAGGCACACAGUUGCAAUCCCUUGAGGCAUCCAACUUUGUUGACAAUAAUCUAUGUGGCGAGCCGUUGCCCAUCAACUGCAUUUCAAAUGGCAAAAUUCCUAAUAUUGAUCAAAAUGGCAAUGAGAGUGAAGGACAUGAAGUGAAUUGGUUUUCUGUGAGUAUGGCAUUUGGAUUUAUGGUGGGAUUCUGGGCUGUGGUUGCUCCUUCAUUCAUGUAUAAAUCAUGGAGCUCUGUCUAUUUUUGUAUUAUUAAUUAUCUGUGGUCCAAACUCUAAUCUUUUUGGUAAUAUGGUAAUUAGUAUUUUAUGUUCUGCAAGUUAAAAUUAUCAAAUAAUAAUGAAGCUAUUGAUUCACAGUAUUACGUGGCUGGUCAAAUUUAAUACGGACUUUCCUAUCUUUGUCUUGGUAAAAUAGGUUAUAUGGCCCAUUUAUUCUCUUACUCUGGCACUUUGUUUAAUUUUUUUCAAUACUAUUUUAUAUUGUGAAAAAUAAAACUGUCAUCAUG